AUGUUGUCCCUUGUUCUUACAGUUUUCUUUGUGCACGUCGCAAUCUACCUGGUCAAUACGAUCGGUGCGAGCACCAUCGAUGGUCUUUUAUGGCUCCUCUACCUAAGAUUGCCGACACCCACCGCGCGGACUGCCCGCAAGCAGCAGCAACUGAAGCGCCAAGUCCUCGAGCAGAAGCAGGAAAUGAACAGCACCAGCUCCCAGGAUGAGUUCGCGAAGUGGGCAAAGGCCAGAAGACGGCAUGACAAAACCAUGGAGGAAUACGAGGCUCUGAACAAGGCUCUCACCUCCCAGAAGUCCUCCUUCGAAUGGACCGUGAAGAUCGCCCGUUGGCUCAGCACCAACGGUCUGAAGAUGUUCCUACAAUUUUGGUACUCCAAGACACCUGUCUUCCCGCUUCCGGAAGACUGGUUCCCCUACUACGUUCAGUGGAUUGUCUCCUUCCCUCGCGCGCCGCUUGGAUCCGUCAGCAUCCAUGUUUGGAGCAAUGUUUGUGCGACAGCUAUUGCCCUCGCAGCCGAGGUUGUCGGAGCCUUGCUGGUACAGGUUGUAGGCCAGAAGAAAGACCAGAAGGAGGCCGUGCCUGUCAGCGUCGAAGGGAGCAAGGCACAGUGA